AGACAAAGGCCGAAGAAAAAAGAAGAAAGAAUAUGAGAAGUACACAUCUAAAUAGAUCUCGCUUCUGUGUUGUAACUAAUUAUGCAACCUUACAGUUGUUAAUGGAGCCCUUACUGUCAUGGAGAUAAAGGUCAGGCUUAUUGACUUACUCAACAUCAAAGAUACAUGGAUAAAGAAAAUGGAAUUAAUCCUUAACUCACAAGGUGAUGGUAAUUGCAGCUUUCGUUGCAUUGUGCAUGUCACAUAUGGCGAUGAAAACCUUCGAAUGAGAGUCAAGCAAGACAUGAAGGAAUAGUUUGAUAAGAGCAAAGACGGAAUUUACAGAGACAUAAUAAGAGAAGACGAUGU